AUGGCGAUGCUGCGGGUCGCAAACUGCCCGAGUCAGGAGCUGGCGCUCACCAACGCCGCGUUCGUCAGCUCCGCCGACUCCGACUUCGUCCCGUACGCCGAGCUCGGCGAUCUGGUCCUCUUCACGCGGCCCCAUCCCGAGGUUGAGCCCGGGCAGAUCGCGCUCAACGGCGUGCAGCGAAAACUCCUCCGCGUGUCCACCGGGGACACCGUGCGGGUCGAGCCGUUCACGCCGCCCGUCGACGCCGUGAAGAUGGCGGAGAGCAUCAAGCGCGCGUUCGUCAGCCAGGUGUUCACCGUCGGGCAGAAAGCCGCGGUGGAGUACUGCGGCAACAACUUCCUGUGCACCGUCAACUCGAUGCUCGUGGAGGGCGCGCCCGACGGCGUUCGCAACUCUCGCGGCCUGAUGAUCCCCGACACCGGGCUGGUCUUCGAGGCGGCGCACAACAGCGCCAUCAAGAUCACCAACCAGAAGGCGACCACCAUCAACAGCAGCCUGUUCAAGGCGAAGGAGUUCUCGUUCGAGAAGCUGGGCAUCGGCGGUUUGGACACGCAGUUUGAGGACAUCUUCCGCCGAGCGUUUUCGUCGCGGGUGUUCCCCCAGAGCGUGGUGCAACGCCUGGGGAUCAAGCACGUCAAGGGCAUGCUGCUGCACGGCCCGCCGGGUACCGGUAAGACCCUGAUAGCUCGGCAGAUUGGAAAGAUGCUCAACGGGAAGGAGCCCAAGAUUGUCAACGGCCCCGAGGUGAUGAGCAAGUACGUCGGCCAAUCCGAGGAGAACAUCCGCGCGCUCUUUGCCGACGCCGAGGCGGAGCAGAAGGCUCGCGGGGACGACUCCGACCUCCACAUCAUCAUCUUCGAUGAGAUCGACGCCGUGUGCAAGCAGCGCGGGAGCGUCAACUCGGGCACUGGCGUCCACGACUCGAUCGUGAACCAGCUCCUCACCAAGAUCGACGGCGUCGACUCCCUGAACAACAUCCUGCUCAUAGGCAUGACCAACAGGAAGGACAUGCUGGACGAGGCGAUCCUCCGCCCGGGGCGUCUCGAGGUGCACAUCGAGAUCGGUCUCCCUGACGAGGCUGGGCGGCACCAGAUCCUCAAGAUCCACAGCAGCAAGAUGAGCGAGAACGAGUUUCUGGGACAGGAUGUAGACGUCGCCGACCUCGCUCGGCGGACGAAAAAUUUCUCGGGAGCCGAGAUCGAGGGUCUCGUAAAGUCCGCGGUGUCCUUCGCGUUGGCGAGGCAGAUCGACUUUCAGAACCUGUCGUCGAUGGAGAUUGACGAGGACAACGUCAAGGUGGAGAUGGGCGAUUUCGAGCGAGCGUUACUCGAGGUUGUCCCGGCGUUUGGCGCGAGCACCGAGACGUUUGAGCGGUGCCGGCUCAACGGCAUCAUCUCCCCGGGCGAAAAGUUUGAGAAGUUGCACCACACGUGCAGGGCGCUCGUGGAGCAGGUGCGCGUGAGCGAUAAGACCCCAAUGUUGACUUGCGUCCUGGAGGGCGCCGCGGGUUCGGGUAAGACGGCCCUGGCGGCGACUUUGGCCAUCGGGGCGCAGUACCCGUUCAUGAAACUCGUCAGCGCGGAUAACAUGGUGGGCAUGAGCGAGAUGGGCAAGUGCCAGGCGCUGGCGAAGGUGUUCGAGGACGCGUAUAAGUCCCCGCUGUCGCUCAUCGUGCUCGACGACAUCGAGCGUCUGCUCGACUACGUCGCGAUCGGCCCGAGAUUCAGCAACGUGGUGCUGCAGGCGCUGCUCAUCUUGCUGAAGCGCCAGCCUCCCGAGGGGCGCAAGCUGUUGGUCAUCGGCACCACGUCGCUGCCGCACGUGUUCGAGGACAUGGGACUGACCGCCACGUUUAACGUGUCCCUGCACUGCCCGCUGCUGACGCAACGGGACGCGAAGGUUGUGCUGUCGCAGCUGGGCGCGUUUGAGCCCCACGAGCUCGACCCGGCUGUGGCGAUGCUGGACCACGAGACGCCAAUCAAGAGGCUGUUCAUGCUGCUGGAGAUGGCGCGGCACGGCGCGGGGGCUGGGGCGGAGUCCGCGGGAAAAGUCCCGCUGGAGCGGUGGAUCACGUGCAUGGAGGACCUCGCGGGGUAGAAGACGCGCGCACACGCGCGCGCAUAGACCGAACCCCUCGGUUGUCUUGCAAAAAAUUACAUGGAUUC